AUGUAUUUCCUUUCCCGUCAAGAUUUGAAGGAAGAAGGUCCCAGGAAACUAUUCGUAUAUCUUUUUCUUCAUUCUUCAACUAUCUUUCUUUCUUCAACCAUACUUUCUUUCAUUUUUACAUAUUCUUCAACUAUCUUUUCUUCAUCUUUUUAUUCUUCUAUCCAUUUUUCUACUUCAUUUUCUUCUUCAAUUAUCCUUUCUUUCUUUUUCUUUAACUAUCUUUUUUCUUUCUUUCUUUCUUUAACAAUGCUUUUUUCUUUCUUCUUCAACUAUGUUAUCAUUUCUUUCUUUCUUUUUCAACUAUCCUUUCUUCUUUCUUCUUCAACUAUUCCUUCUUUCUUUUUUCUUUCUUUCAUCUUCUUCUUCACCUCUCCUUUCAUUCUUAAUUUCUUUUUUAACUAUUCUUUAUUUCUUUCAUUUUCUUCUUCAACUAUCCUUUCUUCCUUUAUUUUUCUUGAACUAUUCUUUAUUUUCUUUUUCUUUCUAUAUAAUUUCUUUAUUCUUCAACUAUCCUUUCUUUCUUUCUUUCUUUCUUUCUUUUUUCUUUCUUUCAUCUUCUUCCCAACAAUCUUUUCUUUCUUCUUCAUUUUUAUUUUUAUCUCCUUCUCAACUGUCAUUUCUUUCUUAGUUUCUUUUUUUUCUUCAACUCUCCUUUCUUUCUUUCAUCUUUCUUUUUUUCUUCAACUCUCCUUUCUUUCUUUUCGUCUUCUUCAACUAUCUUUUCUUUCUUUCUUUCUUUCUUUCUUUUUUCUUUCUUUCAUCUUCUUCCCAACAAUCUUUUCUUUCUUCUUCAUUUUAUUUUUAUCUCCUUCUCAACUGUCAUUUUUCUUUCUUAGUUUCUUUUUUUUUCAACUCUCCUUUCUUUCUUUCAUCGUCUUCUUUAUACUUUUAUUUCUUUGUUUCUUUCUUUCUUUUUUUCUUUCUUUCAUCUUCUUCCCAACAAUCUUUUCUUUCUUCUUCAUUUUUAUUUUUAUCUCCUUCUCAACUGUCAUUUCUUUCUUAGUUUCUUUUUUUUCUUCAACUCUCCUUUCUUUCUUUCAUCGUCUUCUUCAACUAUGCUUUCUUUCUUCCUUUCUUUCUUUCUUUUUCUUUUUUCUUCAACUAUCAUUUUUCUUUCAUUUCCUUAUUAUUAUUCAACUAUCCUUUCUUUCUUUCAUCAUCUUCUACUACGUUCUUUGUUUCUUUCUUUCUUCUUCAACUAUUCAUUCAUUCAUUCAUUCUUCUUCUUCUUCUAAACAAUUCUUAUCGUUAUUUACUAGCUUCUUCAUUCUUUCCCUUUCACUUUUAUCAUUAACUUUAGCGUAA